AUGCCAUCUUUUGUUGUAGGAGAUGAGAAGGGCCGCUGUUUCACCAUUGAGUAUGUGAUGCCCACCAACGUGCAGCUGACGUCUGAGUCUACAGUGAGUGUGCUGAGUAAGUGAAGAAGACUUGUCAUACGCUCAUCUCAGUCUCAUUUUCCUCUGUUCUGGGGACAUGCAUCAAGUGUCUCAGAGUAGGAGUGCUGAUUUAGGAUCAGUUUGACCUUUUUAGAUUACAAUGUAUAAGAUAACAUGGACAGGCGGAUCUGAUCUUAGAUCAGCAUUCCAAGCUGAGAUGCUUUAUGAAUACGGGCUCUGGUCCCUAGCACAAACACACCCGUUCUGUUGUGGUAGGGCACAUAGGUAGGGCCAAGAGUUUUUCCAGACUGUAUGACCUGGCAAGUCAUUAACUAUCCCAUAACCAGAGCCCAGAGUUUUUCCUGAUCAGAUCACAUGGUCUGGAAAAACUCCUGGCCUAACUCGUAGGCUGCCAGACAUACUGCUGUCUCUUUAGGCCUCAAGAUAUUUCUGUUCUCAAAAUCUAAAAAUAACUUUGACAUGAAUUGAGUGAUAGAUGAGGGGUAUGCUUAAGGAGAGGAAGAACAUGCUUCAACGUCAGUCCCCCAGGGUCCAUUCUGAUUAUGUCAAACAAAAUGCCUGAGUUUCAAUAGUAUGUCCUUCCUUUGACUAUAUUACUCACAAUUAUCAUAAUGAGUAAUAGUGAAUUAUAUGGACAAUGAUGCGAUACACAUACGUAUGUCAGACACAUAUGUCAUUCCCCCAGAGAGACCGAAGGUACUCAUGUAAUACAUGAUGUAUGCUUUGAAGCAUGGCAUAUGCCAGGGGUAGCUAGGCAACUAGAUUCAGCCACGGGACGAUUUUUGUCGGAGCGGAUGGUUAAUUAUAAUAAUUUGUAAAGUACAAAUUGACCACAACUAAGCCCAAAAAGAGAUUGUAUUUGAAAAUAACAAUGUCAUACCUUCAUUACAUUGAGACACGAUCACAUAUUUCUGUCUUCUUUUUUUGUGGGAAUACUUGGGAACAGAUUUAGUAAAUUAAACUCAUUUUAGCUGAAUUCCUGAUGAUUUCUAGUCUCUUUUGACCAAAAACCAAAACGUUUCUGUUACUGAAAAACUUUGGGGGGGCAAAUUAAAUUAAACGAGGGCUGAUUUUGGCCCGUGGGCCGCCUGUUGCCAACCCCUGCCGUAUUAUCAAUGUGUAAGAGAAAAUAUCCUUUAAAUCCAUACGGCACAGGCUUGGGAUGGACUGAAUGGAGUAGUGUUACAGUGGUCCCAACUGACACACAUCCACAGAAUCCACACAUCUCCCCCCAUAUAGAUGUAUGUUUGUGCUAUUCCUGACUUGCCCCUGAGGCAUGGCUCAUUCCACUCUAACAAGGGAUAUGGGGGGAGAUAUAUAAAAUGCAAGGGCGCAAUUUAUUUUGCGAGAGAUGCCCCUCAGGCCAAAUGCAGAUGGAUACACACUGUGGGCCAGCUAUCUAAAAUGCAGCGAGAGAGAGAGAGCGAUUCCUAUAAGGCCUAAAGUGAAGAAUAUGGGAGAGUGAAGAUUUACAAAACUCUGAAAGCAGUAACAAGACCUGUGGAGGAGUCUGUCUCUCUCACAAUUUCAAUUAUUUGCAAAGCCCAUAGAGCAGACCAAUAUAUACUACCAGACUCACUUCAGAAAUAUUUUGCUGAUUGGCCCUAUUCUCAUUCAAUUGUAGAUGUAAUGUCCCACGUUAGACGAUCACGUUUCCCCAUAUUUAAAGAUUUGAUUGAUCCAAUGGGAGCUCCUGCACUAUCCAGUAAUUUAAUCGCUGGAAAGCACAUACGACACUCAGGCUGUAGCAUUGACCUACCUCUUUACCCAGACAAUGCAAUUUGACCUAUGGUCUGCUCCUGCUUCAUAGCAUAGUUAUGUUGCUAUGGUUAAUGGAGAAUCCAGGGAGAAACCAUUCUCACAGUAGGGGUCCCAGCUCCAGCUCCUUAAGUAUAGAUGCCUGUGGAGACAUCCCAGGCAGUGGAACCACCCCCUGGUGUGUGCAAAUGGAAUGAGACCAGGCACUGGGGUAGCCAUAUUGCUCCUUGUUUUUCAGAGACCUCAAGAGAGAAAAAUAAUCAACUGUGGGAAGUUGGAAAAAAUGUACAAAACCAAUUUAACCAGGAAACGAAUCUAGUGUUUGCUGUAUGCCCCUCACUGCUUUAUGGUUAUUUUACUGAGUCAAUCAAAUCAUGUUGUGCUUUAUCUUAGUGGUUAGAAGACACAUUGAAUUGACACGUAUAUUCAAACUCUUCAUAGAACACCAAGACUCAUCACAAUAGAUGAAUUGACACGAAUGACUGAAUAAAUGAAUGAACGAACUAACGAACAGACGAAUAAACUACUAAGUGUAUCAUCCUUUCUGUAUCUCCUUCCCCUGUUCCAGAGAUGAUCCGUUCAGCCACUCCCUUCCCCCUGGUUAGUCUCUUCUUCUUGUUCAUCGGUUUUGUCCUGAGUAACAUCGGACACAUCCGGCCCCAUCACACCAUCCUGGCCUUCAUCUCCGGAAUCUUCUUCAUCCUCUCAGGUAAAUGACCUCAUAUCACUUCUGUGAAUGCAUUUAGUUGAAACAAGAAAUCCUUCACAUUAUUUACUGAGUGUAAGUGCCAGUUUCCUGGACACAGAUUAAACCUAGUCCUGGACUAAUAAACGAUUUCAAUGGAGAAUCUCCAUGGAAAAUGUGUGUUAGUCCUGGACUAGGUUUAAUCUGUGUCCAGGAAACUGGUUCAAUAUGGUUUAAUUUUAAAUCCCCAGGACACAUUCUUUGUUGUAUCAUCUAGUAGGGAAUCGCAUGCACAAUUAUUAUUGGCAAUACCAUAGAAUGCAGCUCUUGUUGCAUAGCAACAGGAAAUUGGGGUCCUGUAUCAGUGAUCAUGACUGCUGGCACACCAUGACAGCUAUACUAUUUAUUUAUAUUUCUAAUGUAAUGUUGCAUAUCAUAAACAUACUGGACAAGUACGUACAUGUAUCACCAUAGAAUUAGAACAUCCUGCUUAUCCAUCAGAAAUACAGAAGAAUCUGUAUUCUUCCUAUCAGUCUGUCUCUCUUUCUCUUAAACACACUCUCGUCUCUCUCUCUCUCUUCCCCCCCCAUCUCUCUCUCUCCAUCCCUCCUCUCUCUCUGCUAGGUCUGUCUCUGGUGGUGGGCCUGGUGUUGUACAUCUCCAGUAUUAAUGAUGAGAUGUUGAACAGGACCAAGACCAAUGAGGCCUACUUCAUCUACCAGUACGGCUGGUCCUUCGCCUUCGCUGCCAUCUCCUUCCUGCUCACUGAGGUAACUUCCUCCUUGCUUCUUCAUUACAUUGUAGGCCCAAUCCCAAAUCCACCCGCAUAGCCUAACCUACCCCUAGAGCCUAUGCAUUUUGCUUACACCUGUCAAUGUAGAGUACAUAGGGCAGCGUUUCCCAAACUCGCUCCUGGGGACCCCAAGGGGUGCACGUUUUGGUUUUUGCCCUAGCACUACACAGCUGAUUCAAAUCAUCAAAGCUUGAUGAUUAGUUGAUUAUUUGAAACACCUGUAUAGAGCUAGGAAAGAAAAAAACCAAAACGUGGGGUCCCGAGGACAGAGUUUGGGAAACUCUGACAUAGGGAAUGGGGUCUAGGGGUUGAUGUAGAUCAAAUCUUUUACGCAAUGAUACCCACAUUCUUAAGUCUGUUGAUACAGAUCAGCGGAAAUCUAGGUUGAUUGGGGAAUUAACUGCUCCUCAUUAGGCAUUCAUAGAAAGGCACAAGGCACAACCUUGCAGUUGUGAUAUAAUUUGUUGAAGAGGAUACUGUAUGUUAUCCUGCUCUCUUACUGUCAUCUAUCUCCAGACAGCCGGUGUCAUGUCCGUCUACCUGUUCAUGAAGCGCUACACGGCCGAGGAGAUGUACAGACCCCACCCGGGCUUAUACGAGCCGCGCCACAGCAACUGCUCCGACUACUCUGGUCAGUUCCUGCACCCGGACACCUGGGCCCAGCGCGGUCGCAGCCCCUCCAGCAUCUCCAGCGAAGCCUCGCUCCAGAUGAACCACUCCCUCCAUUCCAACUACCCAGCGCUCCUCAAGUGUCCCGAGAACAACCACAUGUCCUCCUCCCCAUGCUGAGGCCAAUGUGAAGCCCUGGAGCCUGGGCAGCGGGUUGCACACACAUCCCCAGGAAGGGAGAGUCUGGCUGGGUUGCUGAGUUGGUAGACUAGGUUGGUCGGUCUGGAAGAAGGCGAUUUGGGGGCUGAUGGGGAGGCGCCUAGGUUGCGUUUUGUGAGAGAGGGGUGGCGUAUCUUUUUCCACGUGUGUGACGGCCUCUUUUGAAGUCCUCUUGUAGUGCAGUUUUGACACAUUUGGGAGAUGGCGACCCCCAUAAACCGACCUUCCCUCUCUGGUUUUACUCAAUGUACAUUAGAAGUAGUGAUUCUCUAUCAGACCUAGUUCACCUUCGCCAUACAGUACUUUCUCCAUCUUGGUCAAUAGAGAAACCGAUAUCUCCCAGGUAACCCUCAUAGGACUUCUGUCAACUGUAUAACUUGUAAGAUAAUAUGAUAAUAUAAGUGGGGAGAUUGAAAGUGAAACGUUCUCUCUUUAUUAUUUUAUCUUGAUUCUAUUUAUUAUGACUAUGUGGUUAAAUCAUACUGCCAGAGAGCAGAAUGUUUAUUACAAGUAUUUGAUCAAUUAGAUUCUUUUUUCAUCGUCCAUCUCACGCUCAGCACUGUUGUACUGUUAAUGAAGACACAGAGAUAAAGUUGGUAUAUAUUUGAAUGGAAAGAAACCAGGAAGCUACUACUACGCCCAUGGAGUCCAAAUUGAGUCCCUGCAGAAUAACAGUAUGUACAUAAUGCAGUGAAAAGGAGGGAAUAAAGGGAUGAUGAAGCUAAAGGAGAAAGAAAAGAACGGAUAGUGUGUAGCCUCAAAACAUGGUUUGAUAGUCAUUGAGACCAUCAGAUAUGGAGAGCCAGUUUGAAUGUAAUGUUGCUGAUGAAGAAUGCAAAGUCGAUAUAAGCGAAUCAUGAUUUUGCUGUUAAUAGUGCACCAGGAACAUAUACCUGUACAAGAAUACUGCUCUUUGGCAAUGGAGUAAAUCACUGGAAACGUAAAAUGUAUAUGUAAAACAAGUUUUCUAUCAGAUUGCAUAUUCAUACAAAGUAUACAGUGACAUAGUCAGAUGCAAGCUGUUUGGCCUUGGUGUCUAGUGUGUAUCCCAAAUGGUACCCUAUUCCCUA